CGUCAAUCUCCCAUCAUCUCUUGACAAGAAUCAACCACAGAAUCUUGGCCGCCCUUUGCAGGCCGCCCCUUCAUCAUGGCGUCCAGAAGCCUUAUCCCAUUUCUCGUAGCCAUGAUGCUACUCACGGGUGUUUGCAACACCCUGUUGACCAAGUAUCAGGAUAAUCAAUGUGUCCGUAACUGUGAUCCCGAUGACAAUCCGAGAAAGCGCGCCUUCUUCAACCAGCCCGUUCUGCAGACGGCGCAGAUGUUCAUUGGUGAGAUGGGCUGUUGGCUCGUCGUCGGUCUCAUGGCUCUUUGGCGUCGGUUCACCGGCACCUCAUCACCAACGGAACGAGGCUACCAGGUAGUCGAUACGAAUGAAGAUGACGACCCUGCUCCCGAUGUCGAGAGCAAUGAUAGAACAAAGCUGCUUAACAACGGUCGGUCUAUCCUCAAGGGUCAUCGGAUCCUGCUGCUUGCGCUGCCUGCGAUUUGCGAUAUCUGCGGAACCACCUUGAUGAAUGCUGGUCUUCUCAUGGUUGCUGCCUCUAUAUAUCAAAUGACCCGAGGCGCCUUGGUCCUGUUUGUCGGACUGUUCAGUGUGGUCUUCCUCAAGCGCCACCUCCGCCUCUUCCAAUGGCUCUCUCUGGUCGGUGUCGUCCUGGGAGUGGCAGUUGUUGGACUUGCUGGUGCUCUUUGGCCUGAUGAGAAGCCAGAGCAGUCCAUGGACGGUCCUAACGAGGACUCUGUCACAGACGGCGGCCUUUCUGAUGCGGCCAGGGCUGUCAUUGGCGUUCUGCUCAUUGCCGGCGCCCAGAUUUUUACGGCGACCCAGUUUGUGCUCGAGGAAUGGAUCCUGGAGAACUCCCCCAUUGAACCGAUUAGGGUCGUUGGCUGGGAGGGCAUUUUCGGCUUCACUGUGACAGUCCUGGCCAUGGUCGUCCUGCACGCGGCCAUCGGCUCCACCCCCGCCGGCCGGUACGGCUACUUUGACAUGGUCGAGGGCUGGCACCAGAUGAUUGGAAACAAGAAGAUCUUGCUCUCGAGCAUUCUCAUCAUGAUUAGUAUUGGUGGCUUCAACUUCUUUGGUCUCUCGGUCACCCGGAGCGUCAGUGCCACCUCUAGGUCGACUAUUGACACUUGCAGGACUCUGUUCAUUUGGAUCGUUUCGCUUGGCUUGGGCUGGGAGACGUUCAAGUGGCUCCAGAUUCUCGGAUUCGCCCUGCUUGUGUACUUCACCUUCUUGUUCAACGGCAUCGUCCAGCCCCCUUUUGAAUUCUUGAGGGUGGAGGAGGAGAUCGAAGAGCUUCUUCCCGAGGAGCCGAUUGAGCACCGCUGAAGUCAUGCUCGCCAUCAUAGAUUGGUAUGAUAGACCGGCAACAUCGGAUCGGCUUCCUGGAUACGGCAUUUGCAUGUUUGGAUCGGCGCAUUGGGAGUUGGAUAUUGGUGUGAAUUGGAGGAGCUCAAUGUAACCACCAGGGAUAAUUUACUUGAAUCAAACCACUGAAAUAAACGUACAAACCCCGUUCGCCAUACAAGUGAAAGCAAUGCUGUUCCAUCCAAAAGAGACCCAAACACCGAUAGGACCCAGAGACGACGCCACAAUAGCAAACCUGAGUCCACAAUCACGCCAGCGAAACCCCUCGCUUACGGAGGAUCCAUCAAGUGACAUUGCAAAGCAGCUCAGCCUCGAGGAUGAACUUGCCCUCUUUGUACUUUUCGGAGGGCUCAUAGGCCUUGUCAUACUUCCACCCGACGGUCUCCUUACACUGCCGGCAUGUAAUAUCGCGAACGACGUGUCGGCCGGUCGUCAUGUUGCGCUCGUUGGGGGCGCCCGUGUCGAUGUUGACAACGCUGUGGAAGAGAUACGCUUUACCAUGCUGACCACGGAAGUUUCGACUUAUGAUAUCUUCGUGGUUGGCGAGGUGCGCCUUGCACGUCUUGCAGCCAUAGAUUUUGGCGCUGUUGAGAUAGGUGUUGUAAGCCAGGCCCAUGAUGCGGGGAGGGCCUGCGGUCGGGAAGGGCGAUAUCGGUUUCGAGUGACGGCGGGCAGCGUGG